AUGAUGGUAACCGACCGUUCGAGUCCGUUAAGGAAGCUGUCUCGCUGCCUGACGGACGACGACAUGCCUUUGUCAGACGGCCACGGUCAGUUGGACAGCAGCCGGCCGUUAGCGCCGUCGUCAGCCACGCGAGAUCCCCUCGAAGGCGGUCAGCGCGUGCAGCCCGCACGUCUCGAUGACGUUUCGGACCCCGUGAGUGCUUCGCGGGGCGUGUCGCGUGCAAACGCCGCCAAGUCAGACGUUCCAGGAGUUGUCCAGCCAUCGCGAACAUCGCCUGCAUUGCACGAUAGAUCGCAAGACCCGUCGGCGACAGCGUCGCAGCCGAACCAAAGGAAUCUGCAGUCGCAGAUGCUGCGUGAGGAGGAGCCCCGAGAGCUACAGCGGCAGUGGGAUUCCCUAGGCCCGAACGCGACCGACAGAGCAUGUGAUUCUGUUGACGCGGAGCCGUCUAAUGCGGAAGCCGCGCGGCGACGGCGGGAAUUGAAAUUGCGGGUGGAUUCGGAGGGAUCGGAGGACGACGUCGACGAUCUCCGGUCGAGCCGCUCCGACCGAUUAGUUCCCGCGUACUCGAAGCGGCAAGGCCACCAUGGCGCACGCAGCAUGCGCGCGGGGGGAAAGCUCAAGUGGGGGGAGGAUUUCUGGCGGGGGAAGCCGGCGCAGGAGGCGAUGCCGCGGGGGUUCACGUUCAAGGGGUAUCUCGCGCAGCCCAUGGCGGCGCAUCCGGUCGGCGUCCCUUCCGACCCGCCGAGCGAGCGCGAGGCGGCGCAGGCUCGGCCGUUCAACGUGCAGGUGCAGGUGUUUAGGCGGGUGCUUCAGUGGGAGGUGUUCUACCAGGUGGCGUUCAACCUGCGCGCGCAGGGCGCGUGGCAGAUCGUGGACGCGUGCCUCUCCGCCAUCUUCCUCACCGACGUCUUCCUCGGCUUCAAAACCGGGUACGUGACGAAGGAGAAGAACGUGGUGAUGGACGACGGCAUGAAGGUGCUCAAGCCACAGCAGAUCGUCAUGGAUCAGCGCAAGGUGGUGUGGCACUACCUGCGCACGUGGUUCGCGUUGGACCUGCUCUCGUCACUGCCCUUCGACCUCCUCACCUCGCUCGCCUCCGACUCCCCCGCUGGCUUCUGGAUCUCUGCUGCGUUCCGGCUGCUGAAGCUGUUUCGAGUGCACCGGCUGGGCGUGGCAGCGAAGCAGCUGAGGAGCGCCUCCUCUGACACCAACUACAUGGACUUCGCCAUCCUGCUCUUCCAGAUCUGCAUGCUUUGCCACAUAGGCGCCUGCAUCUUCGUGCUGAUUGGCCGACUGGAGCUGCCGAGCGAGACAUGGCUGGCGGCAACCUAUUGGAGCCAGGAUGGUGUGGCGCAGACGCUGGAAUCAGCACCCACUGGCGUCGUCUACGUGGCAGCUAUUUAUUGGUCCAUGGUCACAUUCGCUGGGGUGGGGUACGGGGACAUCCACCCCAUGGACACGUUAGCAGAGCGCCUGUUCGCCACGGUGUACAUACUGCUCACGGCCAUCAUGCUGGGCUACACUAUUGGCGAGCUCUCCUCCAUGGUCUAUGCCCGCCGCAUGCAGCGCGAAUCCAUGCGCCAACGCAUGCUCACCCUGCACAGCUCCUCCUGGGGCCUCCUCCUCCUGGGGCCUCCUCCUCCUGGGGCCUCCUCCUCCUGGGGCCUCCUCCUGGGGCCUCCUCCUCCUUGGGCCUCCUCCUCCUCCUCCGGCCCAUGCAUGCAGGUUCAUCGAGAGGGAGCGCCUCCCAGAGUGGCUCGCCAACCGCAUGGUGCGCUCGCCUGCCCUCCACCCCCUGCCCCCUCAUGCCUCUGCCAUCCCUAUGCCUCUGCCAUCCCCAUGCCUCUGCCAUCCCCAUGCCUCUGCCAUCCCCAUGCCUUCGCCGUUUGA